AUGACUAUCACUUCUGUGCAGACAGUCCUGUCCGGUCGCUAUGCGAUCAAUGCCAAUGAAAAGCGUGUUGUUAAACCUCAACCAGAACCCUACACAAUUUCAGAUUUUCCUUUCAAGGGCUAUCAGCCUCCUCAACCAGAUGGAUUCGAGCAAAGCAAAGCCCAUCCUGACACCAGCGCCAUCGUCAUUGACAAUGGUUCAAGCCUCGUCAAGGCCGGCUGGUCCUUCGAUAAAACUCCCAGAUUCGUCUUCCCUCCUGUCAUGAGCCGUUACCGCGAUCGCAAGUUAAACCGCCAGUGCCACUUUAUCGGAUACGAUGCCUACGCCGAUGCGACUACUCGGGGACAGCUCCGCUAUGCUUUUGAUCCUGGUUCCAGCGUCGUGGGCAACUGGGAUGUCAUGGAGGGUGUGCUCGACUAUGUGUUCCUCAAGCUGGGUGUGGACGGUGCCAAUGGUGGUGUUGAUCGGCCAAUCGUCAUGACUGAACCGAUCGCCAACCUGGCAUAUCCCAGAAGGAUAAUGAACGAGAUCCUCUUUGAAUGUUACUCCGCGCCCUCCGUCUCCUACGGAAUUGAUUCGCUUUUCGCAUACCGAUACAACAAAGGAAGAGAUGGACUGGUCGUUUCCUCAUCACAUACCUCUACGCACGUUAUUCCUGUCCUCGGCGGAAAACCACUCUUAUCAAACUGCUCCCGACUCAACUGGGGUGGUCUGCACAAUGCCGAAUACCUUAUGAAGUUGAUGAAACUCAAGUACCCGACAUUCCCUGUACGAAUGACCGAUCAUCAAAUGGAAGAUUUGGUGCGCAAGCAUUGCUACAUCUCAGAAGACUACGAUCGUGAGUUGAAUGGGUAUCUGGAUUGGACGGGCCUGGAAGACCGGGACCAUGUUAUCCAGUACCCCUUUACCGAACACAUUGUUGUUGAGAAGAGUGAGGAAGAGCUAGCUCGAAUUGCAGAGCGCAAGAAGGAGAGCGGUCGCCGAUUACAAGAGCAAGCAGCCAAGAUGCGACUCGAGAAACUGGUGAAGAAAGAGCAAGAACUCGAGUAUUGGAAGAGCAUUCAGGAAAAACUGGCAACCGAAACCAAGAAAGAGAUUCGCCGCGUGCUUGAGUCAGAAGACCUCAAGGAUGAGGCUCAUCUUGAACGCAUGAUUCGCGAUUUGGAGAAGUCCAUCAAACGCUCCCGUAAUAAAGAUCUUGGUAUUGAGGAGACUGAGGAACAGCCUGAAGAGAUGACAUUCCCACUUCUUGAUAUCCCCGAUGAGCAACUUGACGAGGCUGGUCUGAAAGAAAAACGCCACCAACGUCUCAUGAAAUCUAAUGUCGAAGCACGAGCGCGUGCUAAGGCUGAGAAGGAAGCUGAAAAGGCUCGACGUGAUGAAGAGGAACGUCUUGACCGAGAGAAGCGCGAGAACCACUUCGAGGAGUGGAUUUCCGAACGACGAAUUAACCGUCAGGGUAUCCUCCAAAGAAUCAAAGAUCGCGAUCGCAUGAAGGCCGACCUCGGAAACCGAAAGUCCCUCGCCAGUCAAAUGCGUAUGAAGACGCUUGCCAACCUUGCCGCCGAUGGUCCCAAGAAGCGCCGCCGUGGGGGAGAGGACGACGACUUUGGUGCCAAUGACGAUGACUGGGGUGUCUACCGCACUGUUGCAACAGGCGAUCAAAGUGACGAAGAAGAAGAGGAAGACCUUGGUGGCAUGCUGAACAGUGUUGAGCAAGAGCUUCUUGAACACGAUCCUGAAUUUACAGAAAAUCACACCCUCGCCGCACAGUCCGACUGGACCAAGAGCCUUGUGCACGCGUUCCUGCGUGGUCCCUGGCCCUUUGACCCUGAAAGUCAGCGGGAAGCUCAUCAGAUUCAUUUGAAUGUUGAGCGUAUUCGUGUUCCCGAGGUUGUGUUCAAGCCCUCUAUUGCCGGUGUGGACCAGGCUGGUCUUAUUGAGAUUGCUGCCGACAUUGUCAACCAGCGUUUCUCAGGCACCCAGGACCGUGCGCGCCUUUUGAAAGAUGUGUUUUUGACUGGUGGUAACACUAUGUUCAAGGGUUUUGAGGACCGCUUCCGCAACGAGCUCCGUGGAUAUAUACCUAUUGAUAUGGAGUUCAAUACACGCCAUGCUUCCGAUCCUGUUCUGGAUGCUUGGAAGGGUGCGGCACAAUGGGCAUCAGGAGCUGACCGGGGUCGAUCAUCUGUGACUCGCCAAGAAUACUUAGAGAAGGGCAGCGAGUACAUCAAGGAGCACGAUCUCGGCAAUGCCACAUGGUGA